GAGACCAGUUCUGUAGUAGCCUAUCAUCCAGCUCCCUUCUCCGUCGUUCUCUAUUACAUCAUACUCUAACUAAAUUAUCAAUGGUUUGGACAGAUCGUUUCCAAAUCUUUGGGCAAGACAGGCAGAGACUCGAACAUGCACGGAUGAAAAGUUUUAAAUAGCUGAGGCGCCUUGAUCUAUUCGGAGUCAGCGGCGUUUGCGUGUUUUGGACUUUAUCAAACUGUGCAAGUAGCACCCUUUUUGUGUUUAACAGUGAAGAGUUGUGGACCUCAUAUUAUUAUGCUGGUGUUGUGAUAUACUUCUCUGGACUAUUUUCCUUAUCUUAAGUGCGCAAAAUGAGACAUUGGAUUUGGAAUAACUUUCUUAUAGCUUUAUUUAUGUUGUCCCAGACAACAGCAGUUGACCACACAGACUCUAUAUUCAAUGCCGGGAGCAACAUGGACCAGUCCAGCAUGGGAGGCGGUGCCAUCGCUAAGAUACAUCGCUACCCGAAAACCAUUCCAGUGCAGCUGGGAGGGAGAGACCAGCGCAGGCCCCUCAGCCAGCUUCCAGCCAGGAGUCACCCUGCGUCACUGCAGAUGCUCGUCGAAGCGGAAGGCAAACAGCUGGUCCUGGUACUGGAGAAGAAUGAGGGUCUGUUCGCAAGCCAUUACACUGAGACACAUUACCUGGAGGACGGGAGUGCAGUCAUCACAGCCCACAACGUUACGAGGAAUUGCUACUACCACGGGCAGGUGCAGGACCACCCCUACUCUGAUGUCACCAUCAGCACCUGCUCCGGCCUCCGGGGCUUAAUUGCACUUGAAAACAAAACCUAUAUCCUGGAACCAGCAUUUGAGCCUGACAAUGGUACCCACCUCAUCUACCGAGGAGAAGACCUCAAGCUGUCCCCUGGAACCUGUGGACAUGGCUUCAACUUGUCUUCUGACACCCUUGACAACCAGUUGAGGAGCCCAUUUCAGUCAUUCAGCACCAGGCACAAAAGACAUGCUCAGAAGGCCACGAAGUACGUGGAGCUGAUGAUUGUUGCUGACAACAGAGAGUUUCAGAAGCAGGGGAAGGACGUGGAGAGAGUGAAACAGAGACUGGCCGAGAUAGCCAAUUACGUGGAUAAGUUCUACCGGGCCCUGAACAUCCGUGUGGCGCUGGUUGGCCUGGAGGUGUGGAGCGACUCAGACAAGUGUCCCGUCACCCAGGACCCCUUCACCACGCUGCAUGAGUUCCUGGACUGGAGGAAGGGGACACUGUUGCCUCAGAAGCCCCACGACAACGCUCAGCUCAUCAGCGGGGUGUACUUCCAGGGGACCACCAUCGGCAUGGCCCCCAUCAUGAGCAUGUGCACGGUGGAGCAGUCGGGGGGCAUCGUCAUGGAUCACUCCGAAAAUCCACUGGGCGCCGCCGUGACUCUGGCCCACGAGCUUGGGCACAACUUUGGGAUGAACCACGACACACCCGAGCGGGGGUGCGGCUGUAGGAUGACGGUGGACCGUGGCGGCUGCAUUAUGACCCCUUCCACAGGGUACCCUUUCCCCACGGUGUUCAGCACCUGCAGUAAGAAGGACCUGGCGGCCAGUCUGGAGAAGGGAGUGGGCAUGUGCCUCUACAACAUGCCCGAGGUCAAGGUGCUCUACGGGGGGCAGAAGUGUGGCAACGGAUACGUGGAGGAGGGAGAGGAGUGUGACUGUGGAGAGCUGGAGGAAUGUUUGAACCCCUGCUGCAACGCCACCACAUGCACUCUGAAGGGAGAUGCAGUGUGUGCCCAUGGACAGUGCUGUGAAGACUGCAUGCUCAAGCCCGCUGGCACGCCCUGCAGAGAAUCCAGUAACUCCUGUGACCUGCCAGAGUUCUGCACUGGUGCCAACCCCCACUGCCCAGCCAACGUGUACCUCCACGACGGGCACGCCUGCCACAGCGUGGACGGAUACUGCUACAAUGGCAUCUGCCAGACCCACGAGCAACAGUGCAUCACACUGUGGGGACCAGGAGCCAAGCCAGCCCCAGGGAUCUGCUUCGAGAGGGUCAACUCUGCAGGAGACCCAUAUGGGAAUUGUGGGAAGGACUCCAAAGGCUCCUUUGCCAAGUGUGAGGCGCGGGACGCUAAGUGUGGCAAGAUACAGUGCCAAGACGGGGCCAACCGACCUGUGAUUGGCACCAAUGCCGUCUCCAUAGAGACCAACAUCCCUCUUCAGGAAGGGGGGCGUAUCUUGUGUCGGGGGACACAUGUCUACCUGGGUGAUGACAUGCCCGAUCCUGGACUGGUGCUGGCUGGCACCAAGUGUGGCCAGGGCAUGAUGUGUCUGAACCGUCAGUGCCAGAACGUCAGUGUGUUCGGGGUGCACCAGUGUUCAGGGAAGUGCAGUGGGCGAGGGGUGUGCAACAACAAGAAAAACUGCCACUGCGAGCCACACUGGGCUCCGCCCCUUUGCGCCAAGGCUGGGUUUGGAGGUAGCAUCGACAGUGGGCCUACGAGACUGGCAGCCGACAGCAAGGUGGUGACCGUGGCGAUUGUGGCGGCGCUCCUCAGUCUGCUGGGCGUGGCCUCCGUGGUGUUCCUGAAGAGGAAGACCCUGGUGCGUCAGCUCUUCACCAACAAGAAGAGCACCAUGGAGAAGCUCAGAUCUGUGGGGACCAGACCGACCAGUCCCACCAGAGGCCAUGGGUACCACAGGUCCCCUCCACACCAGCCCUCUGCCAAGCCUCAGGGGGGUAACACAUAUAAGCCAUCCCACUUCAGUUCGGAGCCUCUCUUACCCCCCCCCAACUUCCACUCCCACAGCCUGCGCCGACUGCCCCACUACCAGCCCAUACACAUCAGCCACCCCAUGCCCGUGUCCCUCAGCGUGGGCCAGCCGACCCUGCCCCCGGUGCCCCCCCACCACAGGGCCCUGCCACCUCACACCAGCUUCUCGUCCUCCCGGGCUCCGAGCUUCCAAAGCCUGCCCCGUCAGCAGGCUUACAGACUGGAUCAGGAGCGUGAGAAGCCCAGCCCUCCCCAGAAGCCCUUGCCUGCUGACCCCCUUGGAAGGACCUCCAGACUGGGCCGCAAUCACUUGGCGAUGGGGGUCCACCUGCCUGGCCCUGGACCCCUGCCUAUCCCCAUCCCCACUGUGCCCAGGCCUUCACCAGCCAUCCCGCUACCUAACAGGCCUGCGCCCAUGCAAACCCUGAGACUGCCAAAGCCUCACUACGAGCGCUGACCUCACAAGGCUGGGGCGGAGUAAUGAAGAACUAGGAGACGCCCAUUUGCACUACAGGACUCUCUGAGCCAUCUCGGACAUUGGUGGGGUCUCAGACUAAUAGGGAAAUGGGGAUCGACGACUCACCUUGGUGCUGUCACUCUAAAAGGUUUCUGUCAUCCUCGCUCAGGUACCAAAAUGAACUAUUUAACUUAUUAUCAUUAUGUGCACCUCGCUCGAAGUAACAUCAAUUUCCCCUAACCUCAACCAGAAGAGUGAUCUGAUGUGUUGUGUGGGGAUUUAUUUUGUAUUUCUUUGUGAUUUUUUACUGUUUGGAGGGAGGGCAUACUGAAAAAAGUGUUUUUUAUAACCUGUGAAGUUGCUUAAAUAAUUAAAGAGACAAAAAAUCCUUAGAAACUGGUUGUUUGAGGUCAAAAUGAAGGGAAACUGCCUUGCUUGGAGAGUUGUAGGAAUAGCUACUGUACUUGUAGUUUUCUAAGCAGUGCAAGCAAGUUUGGGUUUGUGUUCAGUUGAUCAUCGAUAACUGUUUGUACAUUCUCAAGACAUGUAUUCCCCUCAUGUAACCAACGGUGUUAUGUUGACACAAGAACAAAGGUGCAUUUCAACCAACUACAGAUGCUGAGAACGCAAAUGACUUAUUGUUUACAUGUUUGUAGUUUGCUUGACAUUCAUUUACUUGGUAAGUCUUCUCUGUGUGACAUUAAGUGAUUUCCAUCUUUGUUAACAUUAGUAUGGUCUGUGUAGGAUAAUGGUUUAUUCACAGGGUAUCAGGCUCAGAAAGAACAGCACAACAGGGUACUUGACCUUGAAUUGUGCAUUCCUCUGAUGAACUGGAACACAUUUACGAGAUUGACAGAUGGUUAUGUGCCCAUUUUUGUUCAAGUCAGGACCAAGAACUUGAAAGACAUGCUGCAUUCGCCCAUUUCGUAAAGAUUACAAUCUCUGACAGACUUCAGACUAUUUGCUGGCAGCUCUACGAUGGGUGAAUGCUCUUUGUGGAACAUGAGUCUGACGUGACCUGGCAGUGUGUUCCAGGAAAAUACAGUAACACCAAGUAAUGCAAUAGUGGAUGAGUUCUGUGUCAUAGAAGCCUGCGGAGCUAUUCCAUACUUCGGUGUCAAGAUCACAUCAGUUUUGUUAACAAACCAAACCCCACUCUGACUUACACAGUCCUGUUUUUCACUGGUGUCUUUUAACAAGGUUUCAACUAGGAUUACCAUAAAAACAUCCACACGAUUUAUGAUGAUUUAUGAGAAGUGAACUUCAAAGAUCAUCGACUACUUCCCAUUGUUUAAAGUUCUUAAGCACUCAUGGUAAUCCUGUUUACAAUGUCCCACAAUUAAGUUGAAGCCUUAUGAAUAGGUUAAAAUAACUCAAACCAAAAUAUAAAUUGGUAUAAGGAGUUGUGAUCUUGUACACAAUCUUUUUCACUAUAACUUUGUGUGGUGCUGAGUAACUGUGUAUAUUAGGCCCACUUGUGUGCAGCAGACCUGUGUUCUUGAUGAGUCACAAUCUAAAUCUUUGCUCAGAAAAGCAUUCUGUACAAAAACAAUUGUGGGUAUCAUGACUGGAUCCCUGUGAAUUAUGUCUUCAUUCUGUAGUUUCUAGGUCCGGAUUGACAUUAUACUGUAUGUACGUAUGUCUCUACGCAGAUCGUAUCCUAUCUUCAGUAUUGUGCAAUGCAUAUGUCACACAGAGCAGCAUUGGGAACGCAUCACACUUGAGUAUUCAUUGUUUUUCUGAUGAGUAGUGACUGAAUAUCGGUUUUAUGCCACGUCUUUCCUUUCAUUCAUAAUGACAAAUGUACUGAAUGUUAACUGUAAAAGUUUCCAAAGCCCAGUUGUACAGUUCAUAUAAAUAAUGUGUCUGUUGGUAUACAUGCUAUUUUAAUGUUUUCAUUUAGACAAGAACAGUCAUUUGAGAACUAACAUUUUAUGAUGGUUCCUUCCGUAAUGAGUAUUCGGGCUAGUUCAUAGGACUGUUCAUAUAGAAUGGGAACAGCUUACCGCCCGGGGCAGCCUCUGAUCAAAACCACAUAUGCGGUGAAUUCAUAGA